AAUUUCACAUCGGAGUGCGCAGAAUGACCAACGCACAAGUGCGAAAAUGCAAGAAAUACACGUCACAGUUGUCUGCAUAGAUAGUUGAUAUUGUAUGUGAUUGUCUACUUGGCUUCAAAAAUGGCUAAAGGCACUCAGGAAAAAGACAAACCUGUGAAGAUUAAUAAAUGGGAUGGUUCUGCAGUAAAAAAUGCUUUGGAUGAUGCUGUGAAGGAGGUUUUAACAAAGAAGUUCAAUUACGUUGAAAGUUUUUCAUUAAUAGAUAGCAGAUUGGUAAUGUGUGGCAUAGCUGUUGGUGUAGCCAUGUUUGCUCUGUUAUGGGAUUAUCUGUAUCCCUUUCCACAAUCCAGGCCUAUUCUUAUAUUUUGUGUGUCUACAUACUUUGUUAUGAUGGGAAUCCUUACCCUGUACACAACAUACAAAGAAAAAGGAAUAUUUGUAGUGACAAUCCAGAAGGACGCAGCUGGCUUUGUGCCUGAUAACAUAUGGGAAGCCAGUUCUUAUUUAAAGAAAUAUGAUGACAAGUACAGCCUGGUUCUGAGUUGCAAGGAUGGCAAAACAGGGACAGUGAGAGAAGCUACUCUGAUGAAGUCUGUUGCUAACUUCUUUGAUGAAAAUGGGACGUUAAUAUAUGAACUGCUUGAACCAGAAAUAAGUAAACUACAUAAUGGCCUUCUCUCUGAUCGGAAGGAAAAAUAGCACUAGUAUCUGCUGUGAGGACUGUGGUUGUUAAAAAUCUUCUCAAUUAUGGAAAUAUAUAGCACAGCAGCCUUAAAUGUGAUUGAAUUUGUAUCUACACUAGGCACUGGGCAGUGGAAAAAAGUUGCACUUACCACAUUUGUCAAAGGUGUGGCAAAAUUUGUUUUAUAACAAUUUAAAGUGUAGUUCUCACUUCCAAACAGUAUUUACAAGAAUCUUGUAAACUUGUUUCACCAUGAUCUUUAAAAUUGUUUUAUUGGACUUUGGACAUCAUCUAAAUUAUAAAUUAAUGACAUCACAGUGGUUCAUAUGCAGCUUCCGAAAUGCAGUUAUAUUAAUUUAUAAUUUAAACAAUUGACAAGUCCAGGAAAACAGUUUUACAUAUCAUAACGCACAGUCAUCAAAAAUCUUCAGACUUCAUCUUGUUUCAUCAUAUUUCUCAAAAUAUCAGACUUAAGCAGUAAUAUUGAAAUAAUUAAGAUCAGAUAGAUGAAUUCUGCAUUGAUUGAAAAGUGUUCUUAGUUAUUCUUAGUCAUGCUGAGAACUGUUUUUCUUUAAUUAAAAUAUAUAGCUAAAACUUAAAAUCUACCACUUCAGGUAUGCUCUGGCAAGGGAAUGAUCGAUUUUUAAGGUCGAAACCUUGCCUGAAAUUUUGUGUUCACAGAGCCUAUUUGGUAAUGACUGCACACAACAUUUUAGCUGCUGAUAUGCAGUGCAAGAUUGUGAAAAAAUUUCCUGAUGUUGGGGUCUACAGUUCAGAUUCAUGCCACUGUGCAGAAUGCUUAGCAGUGGAACUGUGUUCCCCAGUGCUUUUUAAUGGACUGUGUGGGGCCAAACACUGAUAAGGCUGUGAAAGCCUUAGAAUUGAAUCAGUACAUACAUAGGAACCAUACAUUUUAUUUCAGUAAUCAAGCAGAGCUCAUGCGAUGCGUACCGCCUGUUUUCUUUUACGUUGCUCUGAGACUUCAAGUGUUUGUAACACAAGUGCAGUUAUAUCUGCACAGAACAAGACAAACUUGCAAACUAGACAAAAACCUCAGAUUCAAUGUUUGUAGUGCAUGUUCGGUGGUUCUUGAAACAUGCUAUUUAUGCUUCACAUUUCUGUGACAAUUAUAGUGCAUAAUUUUAUAUACAAUUUUCUGUAUGCAUUCUGUGAGCUCUGCGAAAUUCCUUAUAUAAAAUAUGUGGUUGCUGUCAGGGCCAGACUUGACCUUGUGAGACCCUACACUAUUUCAACUUUAAGAGGCCCAAAAAAAAUUUGAAAGACUAAAUGUAUACUUAUCAUUCUGAUUGAAGAAAACAUUAAAAAAUAGACAUGAAACUGAUGUGAAUGAAAGCAUUAUACUACUGUAGCAUUGGUAUUCACAUGUGACUGUGUUAAGCUAAAAUAAAGUGGUUUUACAAUAGAUUAAUUUAAAUAUUAAGUUUUUAUGUUGCUGUUGGUUAUUUAUAAUUAGUUUUAGAAAUUAACACCUACUACACAUUAUAACUUAUAAUGCAUUUUUCUGAGGCCUGAAACUGUAGCUUAGUAUGUGCAUUUGUCUGGCGUUGGUUCCUAUGCACAAACUUAUUCAAUUAAUAUGAUAUGUGUGUGUGAGAGAGAGAGAGAAAGACAAUUCCAGACUCUUUCACAGUCUUAUCAGCAUAUGGCACUAAUCACUCUGUUUAAUUCACCAGGAAAUGUUAGGUGUGCUGCCAUCAUGCAUGUGCAUGGUGGUACAAACUUUAAAUGCGUGCCCCAACUUUGCACAGUUUUCUCACACACUUGCACCAUGUAAACCUGCAUAAUUUCAGGAAAGGUUUCAACCUGACAAACCAGACCAUUCCCUUGUAAGCUACAUUUACAGCCCACUUCUUUUUCUGAAUGUGUUUUGGUUCAUGUUCUAAUAGGUGCACUAGUUCAAGUCUGUCUUGCAAUAAAUAUAAAUUAUAAAUUAACUUUGCCUUUCUUCAAGUGUUGGAAAGAAAUGGAAGUGUGUUUUGAUUCCAUUUUUACUUAUAUUAAAAAAAUCCUGCUUUUCAUCCAUGAAUGGGCAGACAUUUAACUUUUUAUACUGAAGUAAGAAAAAAUAAACACUUUCCUUCCUUAUACUUUUUCUAAUAUAAAUUGUGCAGAAAUAUAGCUACUGGUAAUUAUUGUGGAAAAAUUUAUGCCUUCAUCAAGGAUAAGUCACAAAGUACCAACUAUGCAUCACUUCCACUCAUUAUCACAUAUUUUUUUAAAGUUUGCAGUCUGUGUUUGCGUACAAAGAUGUGCAGAUUUUCCGAAGAUAGAUGUCUUCCAGUAUCAAUGCAUUUGAACAUGUGGAAGAAAACAGUACUUCCAUUGUUUAUGAAGAUGUUUUUAGGAUGUGAUUAUUUGUUAUCUUCUUCCCCUUAUGCGGUAGUGGUAUAUCUUAGAUUUAUUUUAAAACUGUCAUUGGCAAAAAGAAAAAUUCAUGCACUUUUAGUGAUACAAAAUAAAAAUGUUACUGGUUUUACAGACACUUCUUUCAACAAUAAUGCAUGUAAUGGUUGUGUCAUGUUAAUGCAUUCAUAUCCCCUCAGUUAUACUAUUACAUCUCCAGUCUUACUAUGGUAAUAAUACAAUGAUGACGGUAGAUUGUACUUGUUACUGUAUUUCACAGGUGAAUAUGGUUUUUAAUUGUUUAGAUUUUAUUUAUGGUUUGGGAAGUGAAUUAUUAUAUGUUUUCUGGCUUAUAUCAAUGCUACCAUUAAAAGUUUUCACUGGAAAAUAAUACCUAGAAGGAAUGAAAGGAAUAUGGUCUUUUCAGACUAAAUGGCCAGGUUCAAAUUCUGUAUCUUUCUAUAAGUAAAGCAUGCCUGGAACAGAA